AUGGGAAUCAUCGUGCUUAUCAACCUGGGCUUGAUGGCUGUGAUGGCUCAGAUCACGGGCUACGAAGCCGACGUGUUCCUUGGCCUGGCGCCUCCUGAGCCCAUUAUGCCAGAGACCUUCUUCGACAUUGCUGAGAUCUGCUUCUUCGUGGUGUACAUCGCUGACGUUCUGGUGCGUAUGUUUGUGCUCCGCAGGGAGUGGUAUUAUGAUGAGCUCGAGGGGAUCCAGCUCAUGAACAUUUUCGAUGCCAUCCUUGCUGCAGUUCAUGCCUUCGAGCUGAUGCUGCUUCCCAUGCUGGUUACCGGAGAUCAAGACCAGCGGGCCAGUACGGUCCGCGUCAUCAAGUUGCUCAGAAUCGUGCGAACACUUCGUAUCAUCAAGACGGUUGCACUGUUCCGACAGCUUCGACUCUUGGUGGGGACCUGCAUCGCCAGCAUUGGCGCCCUGUUCUGGUCGAUGGUGAUGCUUUUCCUCGUCAAAUUGGGUUUCUCGCUCAUCAUCUGCCAGGCAAUUCAAGGCUUCAUCCUCGACGACCAGAAUGAUCUGGACACCCGCCUGGAGAUGAAUAACUUGUAUGGCAGCUUCUUGAAAGCCCUCUACACCAUGUUCGAGGUGACGCACUCGGGCAGCUGGCCAGCGAGAGUGCGGCCUGUGAUAGACAAGGUCAGCCCUUGGUACUCCUUGCCAUUUCUCGGCUAUAUCACUCUGGUGGUUUUUGCCGUGAUAAGAGUAGUCACAGCACUCUUCCUCAAGGAAACCCUGGCCAGUGCUGCAAACGACGCGGACAUGCAGAUUGAAGAAAGUCGUAAGACAGCUCGAGACUACCAGAAAAAGCUGGAAGAUCUCUUCCGGGCGGUUGACGAAGAUGGGAAUGAUUGGCUCUCUCCGGAGGAAUUUGUUCAAGCGCUUAGCCUGCCGGGCGUGCAGCGAUAUUUAGCAAUUCUGGAGCUUAAAGUUUCGGACUGCGGCCCAUUGUUUGAAAUUCUCGACGAUGGCGACGGAAAGAUCACGAUUGCAGAAUUUUGCAAGGGCUUGAUGCAGCUCAAGGGGCAUGCGCGGGCGUUGGACAUGGUGGUUCUCCAGCGCGAAAGCGCAAAGGUACUUAAGGAGUGCCAGGACAUCCACUUCAAGCUGAAAUCAAUGUUCUCGACUGUACCAAGUCUGGAUACGAAUGGCAAACAGACCGAGACCAGCGGUCUUGCCUGA